CGAGGCGGGCGGGAUUUCCCGCCCCGGCGGGGCCGCGGCCUGGGGCGUCACUGCCGCUUCCGCGCGGGAAGGGCGGGCGGGCGGGCGGUUUGAAGCAGCGAUGGCGGGCGAGCGGUUUGAAGCAGCGAUGGCGGGCGAGCUGGACUCCUCCUUGUCGCUGCUGGAGGCGGGCGGCGAGCGGGCGCUGCCGGAGGAGGAACGGCAGCGGCGCCGGGCGGGCGCGGAGAGCUCCGACCAGAUGCCCAUGGUGUUCCUCUGCGCCGGCUGCAAGCGGCCGGUGGGCGACACGCUGAACUGGGUGGCCAGCGAUGAGGAGGCGGGCUGCAUCCUGCUGCGGAGUGCGGCCGCCGGCGUCUCGGUGGACGAGGAGCGGAAGCUUUCCAAGCGGCCCGGCGACUGCGGAUGCAUGAUAGAAACAUUGUUCUGCUCUGGCUGCUCAUUGACGCUUGGCAACAUCUACAGAUGCACCCCAAAGCAUCUCGACUACAAGAGGGAUUUGUUCUGUUUCAGUAUUGACUCACUUGAAAGUUACAUUCUAGGAUCCUCAGAAAAACAAGCUCUUACUGAUGAGGAACCUUUAACUCUUGAAAGUCAAGCUGUCUUGGAAAACAUGAUAGAAAGGGCAGACACUGUAUUAAAGGUUCUGGAAGCAAGACUGACUGCUGUUGAAUCAAGUAUGGCUUCCCUUCACAGUGGAGUUUGAAAGAAAUUACAUGCAGGAAGUUUAACUGCAGGAGAACGAUGUAUGUGGAACUUGUCCUUGUAAUCCUCUGGAAUCUGUGGGAACAUUACAAAAGCUGUGCAAAGAACCGAAAGACAUUGUUGGCUCAUGCUGCAGUUGAGCAAUGCUGACUGAGUCUUCAGUGUAGACAAGGAGUUCUUCUUUUAUGUUGAAAGAUAGCCCAGAAAGAAAUAAAAUUUUUAAUUCAAAUUUCUAUAGACAUUUGGUUUAUAUGUAAAUAUGUAUUUAAAUUUUUAUCUCAAAGCAAAACAUUUAUUUCCUUAUUUACCUGCUAUUCAGUAUCUACUAAACUAAGUAUGCAUGUCCUUCCUAAACCAAUUUAAAAAAAAAUAUCUCUGAUGUCUGAAGGAAUAACAUAUAUCACUUUUCUUGUCUCCACAGCCUUUGAUUGAUGUGUGCUCAGACAGGAAUGGCACAAUAACUGUAUGGGGUGGUUUUGUUUUUUAUUGUGUGUUGUUUUGUUUUGUUUUUCACAAGCUUAAGUUGAAAAUGUAAAAGGAAGCUUUAAAAACAUUAGACAAAAUGGCUUUCCACACAGUAUUGAAGGUCAUAUGUUUUACAGCUUCAAGGGAAGGAAAACAAGGCUGGUAGCAGCACACCUUUAAGGAAAGCUUGGUGUAUAUAUUUGAGCAAUUAAUUAAAAAUGCUAACUUUUAGGUAGCUUUAAUCCUCUAGGUAGAUUCCUAGUACCAGUCUACUGUUUCCUCUAUAUUGCUACUAUAUGUAACGCAAGUAAAGUGUAUAUAUGUAAGCAAGUAUUCAAAAUAAGAAAUGGUUGCUUAUCUUAAGGUAAGCACAUUAAUUCCAUAGGUAUCUCUCUUCUAUCUACUAUGGGAAAAAUACCUGCUGAAGAAGGAACCCAAAAACCUAAUCCUACCAGUAUGUCCCUGAACUCGCAGGCAGAAAUGAUUACAGAGAAUCGGGAUUAGAAUCUGUGUUCCUGGAAUGGAACAAACAGGUAACAUGUUUUAAAACAAGUGCAUGCUAAGUAACCAUUUUUCUCUUUGGUUUAGUGUUAUGGUCUUCCAUAUAGUUUCUUUAUUGAAUACCUGCAUUUGGCAUCAGUGUAUAGUUAGAACAAUGUCUCUUAGCAUAUUGUACGUGAGAGCUCGAGUACAUUAACACAACAGACUCUCUUAAAAUAGCAUUUCCAUACUCUCAACGGGUUGUCAGCUGCUGUUUUGCUAAGGUGUGCAAUGAACAGUCUAAAUUUGGAAUAAGUUUUGUAUGAAUGUAGAGAUAUUUAUAUCUGCAUGGGGAAAUGUGUGUAUUUGGGUAUGUGUAUUCAAGAAGCUGAAACAAUUUUACUGUGAAGUUCAGUUAAGAGCUAGUAUCUUGAGUAGUUAACUGGGCUAAAGGUACUAUAAUAAAGAAUUAUCCUGUUUAAAUGUAUAAACGUGUAUUAUAGUACACCUGAACAAUUUUUAACCAUUAAGGAAAGCUCUAGUUUUUUCCUAACCAAAUAUAGUAGCAACGUUUUAGUGUGCCAGCAGGAUGUACUGUAUGCUGUCAUGUAAAGGAUAUUGCUCCUUGCUUAGUAAGCAGUGCCUAUUAAUGGUGACAGUUCCUUCUAUACCCAGUUUCUCGGUUCCUACCCUUGAACGCAGGGUAAAUAGGAAGUUUAAUUCUCCUUUGAGGGAAUCGGCAUGCGCUAUGGUAUGCUUCCUUAUACUUGUCCCAGGGACUUCGUGCAUUAUGCUCUAGGGAGGGGGAAAGUACCACUUUUUUUGGUGAGUUCUUUAACUUUGUAUGCAGGGGUUUAGUUCAAGUACAACAGGACUUCGCAGCUCACUCUAAUAAUGCACUUUAGAGACUAGUGGUGUAACAAAAUACAUGUCUUCAAAGGAUUAAAAUUGGAGUUUCAGUAUCCCUCAAUUCAGGCUUUAAACCACUUUUCUGUAACUUGAAAAUGACCCCAAAACACUAAGAAUAACAAGCAAAACUCCACAGGUACGGAGUCUCCUAGCAGAAUAGGAAUGAGGGCGGGUAAGGCGAUACAUUCCACACAAUGUAUUUAAGGUUGGAUAAUGUUGCACGUGUAGCUUGUUAAAAAAACACAUCAUGGAAUUGUCAAUUGAAUAAAAGUGUCAAAGUGUUACAGGUAUGCUAAAAAGAUCUGUAUGUACUUAGGAAAGAUGAAAACUGGGAAUUAGCUUAGAAGAGACUGGAGCUUUUAUAAAAUGCUUUUGGAGGGGAGAUAGGGAAUAGACAGGUGAGCUAUAUUUUAGUCCUAGUGUUCCUCUUAUGGCUGUUGAGUACUGUUUGCUAGAGUGUCAAUGUGUCUGAAAUACUGGCUAUAUUCUUUAACUGUUUAACGCAAACACCCUUACCCCCCUUUCCCUGUGUCUUUAGCCCUGAGUAAUGUUGACAGGAACCUUCCCACACAGUGCCUGCUGACAUCUUGGCUACUGUUACACAAUAAAGCAAUGAUUUUUCUCUUUUCUUACAAA